UGGAAGGACGAGGCAGAGUGCAGACGAUGGCAGCCACAACAAUUUCGCCGGCGAUUCGGAAGCAAAUGAGCAGCGUUGCCGUCGCAAUGAAGGUCGCCAUUAUCGGCGGCGGAAUUUCCGGAGCUGUGUGCGCAUCGACUCUGGCAAGGAAUGGCGUCUCCGUCACUAUCUUCGACUCGGGUCGUGGACCUGGUGGACGCAUGUCUCAAAGAAGAGAGAUUGGAGAAGAUGGGAAGGAGUUGAUGUUUGAUCAUGGAGCUCCAUAUUUCUGUGUGAGCAACUCUGAUGCAAUGGCUCUUGUUCAUGAGUGGGAGUCCAGAGGUUUUGUUUCUGAAUGGAAACAACUUUUUGGGAGCUUCGAUUGUGCCUCCAACAAGUUUCUUGGCAUCCAACAGGAAGGGGAUGCAAAGAAGUAUGUGGGUGUUCCGGGCAUGAACUCUAUAUCUAAGGCCUUGUGUCAUGAAUCUGGUGUUAAAAGUAUGUUUGGCACUGGUAUUGCCAAGCUGGAAUGGUUGGAAGAAGAGAUACCAUGGUUGUUGACAGAUUCAAAAGGAGAAAAUUUGGGUCGUUUCGAUGGAGUGGUUGCAUCAGAUAAAAACAUUGUUUCUCCAAGAUUUACUCAAGUCACCGGACUCCCACCGCCACUGGACUUAAGUCUAGUCCCGGAGUUGGCAGCUAAACUGCAACCUAUACCUGUUCUACCAUGCUUCUCUCUUAUGCUAGCUUUCAAGGAGCCAUUGUCUUUGAUGCCAGUAAAAGGCUUAUCUUUCAAGAACUCUCAGAUUUUGAGCUGGGCUCACUGUGAUAGCACUAAGCCAGGACGGUCUACUGAUAGUGAAAGAUGGAUACUGCAUUCGACUCCAGACUAUGCUAAUGGUGUUAUUGCGAGAACCGGCCUCCAGAAGCUAUCAAAUGAAACAUUAAACAAAAUAGCUGAAGAGAUGUUCAAAGAGUUUCAGUCCUCAGGCCUCGUUAGUUCCCUCCCCUUUUUCAUGAAAGCCCACAGAUGGGGAAGUGCGUUUCCAGCCAAAAGUAUAGCAGUAGAGGAGAGGUGCCUCUGGGAUAGAAACCGGAAUUUAGCAAUCUGUGGGGAUUUCUGUGUCAGCCCAAAUGUUGAAGGUGCCAUACUCAGUGGCUUAGCUGCAGCGUCAAAGCUUUUGCAGACUUCCAGCAGCUUAUAGGUACCCUAUUGAGUGUAUCCCCAGUAUCUCUAAAAAGAGUUAUAUAUACAUUUAUAUAAAUAUUCUACUAGAAUCAUGUAAAAUAACCACGACAUUCUUCCUCGUGAACUCUAAACAAAUACGUAUCAGAAUAUUAUGUGAUAUUCCUAAAUUUUUACUUGAUCUCUUGAGAAAUGACAGCAAUUGUAGUUCUAUC